CGACAAUAACAACGAUAAAAUGUUUAUGUUUUCAGAUCUAGUUAUAAAGUCAACUUUACAUCAUAAUCUGACCAUUUGAUUUCUAUGAAAAUCAUUUCGACUGAAAAAGCAACAUUUGAGCUGAAGCUAUGAUAAAGACAGAGAAGUUGCUGCGCAUUAAGAACCAGAGUGGACAUUCAGUCAAGAUUGUUCGAGAGCAUUAUCUCAGAGAAGACGUUCCAUGCCAAAGCCCGUUGUGCCUUGCUGGAUGUAAAAGUUCUGGAACAUGUGUCAGACUUCCCUGCAAUGUCACUCACUAUCUGAUCCCUGAUGGGACAGUUGCCAAGGAUUUCUUAGAAAUGUUGGAGUUUCCUGAAAUCAGUGGAAUCAUUUUCAUGCAGACGGUGGCAAGCUAUGUGAGUUUUGAGGGUGGAAGGAGGUUACAGAAUAGACUUUCAAACCUGAUCAAGGACUGCAGAAAACAGUGCAUAACAUUCCACAAUGAGUUUCAGAGGUACUGCUACUGUCCUCGUCUGCCUGGUGAAAACUACAAAAAGUGGGUUUCGAGAAGUACAUAUGAAGCAGCGCAGUGGUUCUAUAACCAUUUGGCGGCACAGAUUCCCAUUGUGAUGGUGUCAGAAGAUCCAGAAGUUGUGACAGAGUACUUAAGCAAAACUGCCGGGGUAUUCGUACUGGGUCUUGAAGGCUACAUGACAAUGUUCUGGCCAGACUUAAAGGCUUCUCAUGACCUCUAUGAAUCGUUAGCUGCAUCUAUACAGGAAUCAAGACAGAAAUUGAAAGAUUAUUCAGGUUACCAGCCGGCGGAUGUGUUGGAGUCUGGCAUCAAAAGCGGCCAUCUUUUUAAAGGCAUUCUGAGAGUAGACAAGUACAAUGCACAACAGGAAGCAUUCAUGCAAAGUCUUGGGUCUGAUGCGAAAUUGGGUGGAUACUCCUCUGAUAUUCUUAUCUCGGGCCAAGCAUGCAGGAAUCGCAGUGUCCAUGGUGAUGUGGUUGUAGUUGAGUUGCUUCCAAAAGCUGAAUGGAAAGGAAGGUCCAAUGCGCUAAAGGACAUAGUUGAAGAAAGCCAAGAUGAUGUGGAUGCACUAAAAAGCAAUACCAUGCCAAGUGGCCGUGUUGUGGGAGUCCUUCAGAGGAACUGGCGGGAUUAUGUGGCAUCAUUUGUCGAAGAAAAGGAAUCGGAGAAGUCAACGAGGCGAGGUGGGAAGGUGCUUGUUUUACCUUGGGAUUAUAGAAUACCAAAGAUUCGAAUCAGCACACGCCAAGCAGAAUCCUUAAAAGAUCACAGGAUUCUGGUGAGAAUCGAUUCAUGGGAAGUGGAUUCGCAGUAUCCAAAUGGCCACUUUGUCAAAAGUCUUGGACCUAUCGGUGACCUGGAAACAGAGAUCAGUUGCCUUCUUAUUGAAAAAGAGAUUGCAGUUCGUCCGUUUUCUGAAGGCCAGUUGAAAGAGCUUCCAGUGAACACAGAAGAGAAACCAUGGAUUAUGGAACAAGAGGAGAUAGGGCGGCGAAGGGACCUCAGACAGUCACAUCUCGUGUUUAGCAUAGAUCCAAAGGGAUGUGAGGAUGUAGAUGAUACAUUAUCUGUAAGAAAACUACCUAAUGGUCACACAGAACUUGGUGUUCACAUAGCAGACGUCACAUACUUCGUUAAACCAAAUUCUCUCACGGAUCUCGAGGCACAGUCUCGCUCUACUACAGUCUAUCUAGCUGACCGACGAUACGACAUGCUCCCACCCAUCCUCAGUGCUGAUCUCUGCUCCCUUGUGUCUGGAGUCGACAGAUAUGCUGUCAGUGUGAUAUGGGACCUUGAUGAAAACUAUGAAGUUGUUGAUGUCUGGUAUGGGAGGACUGUUAUACGAUCGAAGUACAAGUUGUUCUAUGAGAUAGCUCAAGCAAUGCAUGAUGGGGCCAUUGAUAAAGAACUGGUAGAAAAUAUCCUGGAGUUGCAGUCAUGUGGUGAAGUAGAAGUGUGUCAAAGGUUAUAUGAACUACGCCAAGCUGUUAAUAUGUUGAUGAAAAUUGCCCGAAAUUUCAAAGCCCGUCGAGUGUCCGGAGGUGGAAUUGAGCUGGAAGGAGUAGAAGUUCAAGUUCAGUUAGACGACUCCAAGAACAUUGAAGACCUCGUGCCAAAAAAGCCAUUAGAAAUCCAUGAAACAAUAGCAGAAUGCAUGAUUUAUGCCAAUCACUGGGUGGCCAGGAAAAUAUCUGAGGCCUACCCCACCCAGGCCCUCCUUCGACAUCAUCCCCCACCGAGACAAGAACAGUUCACAGCCCUAGUCAACUGUGCAAAAUCAAAAGGGUUUACAAUUGAUACAAGUUCAAACAAAGCUUUGGCUGAAUCCCUUGAUAGAUCCGACGUACCGGGCGACCCUGUCAUUAAUAAGUUGCUCAGAUCACUAGCCACCCAGGCCAUGUCCAAUGCUCUGUAUUUCUCCACUGGUUCUCUCCAAAGGGAUCACUUCUUCCAUUAUGGCCUUGCAUUGGACAGAUACACCCACUUCACCUCCCCCAUCAGGCGAUAUGCCGAUAUUAUCGUACACCGGCUGUUGUUGUCUGCCGUUGGUGAACAGGAAUCAGUGUUGCCUAGCAACAUGGAACUCGACAGUCUGAGCCAGCAUAUCAACACAAAACAUAGGGCUUCCCAGCAUGCCCAGAAAUCAUCACAAGAACUCUUCCAGGCGCUCUUCUUCAAGAAUCGAGACCCUGACGACGAGUGUCUCAAGGUCGAAGGUGUUGUUUACCAAAUCAAGGCAAACGGAAUGAUCGUCUUUAUACCACGGUAUGGCAUGAAGGGUCCCGUCUACCUCAAAGACAAAUCGGGUCAAGUUGUGUAUCUGACCAGAGAUGGAACGAUUGAAAGGACUGGUGGCAAUCUGGUCAGGGAAGAGGACAGGAUAGCAGUCAACUGCAGCUUUGGAUCACAGACUUACAGACUAUUUGAUCAUGUGGUGGUCAGGAUUGUUCUCCGUGACUCCCACGCACAUGCUUGUUCAGUAAGCCUGGAGUUAGUGUCGAACAGAUGUGGACCUAAAGGCAGCAAGGGAAAAGAAUCCACUGCGAUCAAGACAGAUAUUGUUAAGGAAGUGACACAAUCCAUUGAUGUGAAAUACUCACAGGAGCAAGACUUGGAUCUUGGUGAAAACUUCAACCAACUCAAGACGCUCUAUGGACAAAGUGACGAAACAAAGAGCCUUUAUACAUUAGUGGAGUCUUUAAAGGAAGCAGCAUUGGCACCCACAUAGUGACUUUGGAUUCAAUGCUGUCUCACUGAAGCAGCAUUGGCACCCACAUAGCGACUUUGAAUUUAAAGCUACAUCACUGUCCGGAAUUGCAUUUAGUAUUUGUGAUGUGUGGCUUACCCAAUCAAGGAAACAUUUCCAUCCAUUUGUAUCGACACCCAUGUGCAUCUCAGAGAAAAUAUCACAAGCUUCAAAAUAAUUUGAAACCAAUUUGUGAAGAAUGACAAAUACAAUUUUUAUGGCA